CCACGCACCACUACAACUGUCAAAGCAACGCAAUAAAAAAAGUUGUCUUGUCCGCAUUAAAAUUGUAGCGCUGAAGAUAUUUUCCAGCAUUUUGAAAAUAUGAUCCGUGCACCGCUUGUGAAGGCGCUGGGCGCACUGGGCUCACCAACACACCAAAUCGCCAGCCGAGCGGUUCGCACCAGCGCCAUAGUCGCCCAGACACCAGCCAAAGCGCCCGAUACAAUUGAAGUCUUUGUCGAUGACAUACCCGUGCAGGUGCUACCUGGAACCACAGUGCUACAGGCUGCCGCACAAAUUGGUGUUGAGAUUCCGCGCUUCUGCUACCAUGAGCGUUUGGCCGUAGCUGGCAAUUGCCGUAUGUGUUUGGUGGAGGUGGAGAAGAGUCCCAAGCCUGUAGCUGCUUGUGCCAUGCCUGUGAUGAAGGGUUGGCGCAUCAAGACCAACUCGGAGAUGACUCGUAAGGCGCGCGAAGGUGUUAUGGAAUUCCUUCUGAUGAAUCAUCCAUUGGAUUGCCCCAUUUGCGACCAGGGCGGCGAGUGCGAUUUGCAGGAUCAGGCCAUGGCUUUUGGUUCGGACCGUUCACGCUUCACCGACAUCAACUACACGGGCAAACGCGCUGUGGAGGACAAGGACAUCGGACCGCUGGUAAAGACCAUCAUGACCCGUUGCAUUCACUGCACACGUUGCAUUCGCUUUGCUUCGGAAAUAGCCGGUGUCGAUGAUUUGGGCACCACAGGUCGCGGUAAUGAUAUGCAAAUUGGCACCUAUGUGGAGAAGCUCUUCCUUACCGAGCUCUCUGGCAAUGUCAUCGAUUUGUGCCCUGUCGGCGCGUUGACCAACAAGCCGUAUAGCUUUGUGGCCCGCCCCUGGGAGAUCCGUAAGGUGAGCAGCAUUGAUGUGCUGGACGCCGUCGGCAGCAAUAUUGUUAUUAGUACACGCACGAACGAAGUGUUGCGUAUCCUGCCGCGUGAAAACGAGGAUGUUAACGAGGAAUGGCUUGCGGACAAAUCGCGUUUCGCUUGCGAUGGUCUGAAGCGUCAGCGUUUAGUCGCGCCCAUGGUGCGCAUGCCAAAUGGUGAACUGCAGGCAGUCGAAUGGGAGAGCGCCCUAAUUGCUGUUGCCAAGGCUCUGCAGAAAGCCAAUGGCCAGAUUGCUGGUGUUGCAGGCCAACUAGCUGAUGUUGAGGCUAUGGUGGCGCUGAAGGACUUGAUCAACCGCCUGGAGGGUGAGACACUGGUCACUGAGCAGGAUUUCAUCAAGGGCUCAGGCACCGAUGUGCGCGCCAAUUAUCUACUUAACAGCAACAUUGCUGGUCUUGAAGAAGCCGACGCUGUGCUGUUGGUCGGCACCAAUCCACGGUAUGAGGCUCCAUUAGUCAACACGCGCUUACGCAAGGCUUACGUGCAUAAUGAGUUGCAGAUCGCCUCUAUUGGACCCAAGAUCGAUCUGUCGUAUAGUCACGACAACUUGGGCUCUGAUGCAAGUCUUAUUAAGGACGUUUGCAGCGGAUCGCACGCCUUUUCCAAGGUGCUAGAGGGUGCCAAGAAACCGGCUAUUAUUAUAGGCGCUGAUAUAUUGGAGCGUUCUGACGGCGCUGCCAUACAUGCCACCAUUGCUGAGUACUGCGAGAAGCUUAAGAAGCCAGAUUGGAAUCCCUUCAAUGUAUUGCAAAACAAUGCCGCUCAGGUUGGUGCCUAUGAUGUGGGCUACCAGCCGGGCUUGCAACGUAUCAACCAGGCACAGCCUAAGGUCCUUGUGUUGUUGAAUGCCGAUGCCGGUAAACUGACCCGCGAACAGCUCCCCAAGGAUUGUUUCGUUGUCUAUAUUGGCUCGCAUGGUGACAACGGCGCCUCCAUUGCCGACGCAGUGCUUCCAGGUGCCGCCUAUACUGAAAAGCAGGCAACCUAUGUCAAUACUGAGGGCCGUGCACAGCAAACACUGCCCGGCGUUUCUCCACCGGGCAUGGCACGUGAGGAUUGGAAGAUUUUGCGUGCACUCUCCGAGGUUACGGGUACUCCCCUGGGUUACGAUACCUUGGACGAACUGCGCACACGCCUCGAAGAUAUCGCGCCUCAUCUAACUCGUCUUGGUAAGCUGGAGAAAGCCAGCUUUAAUGAACUCAGCCCAAAGACAGCAACCAGCAAAUCCAUUAGCGGUGGCGCUAUCGAUGUUAAACAGAAGGAACUGCGUGAAUACUUUAUGACCGAUGCCAUAUCUCGUGCCUCCCCAACCAUGGCUAAGUGUAUAUCGGCGGUCAAUAAGCAGCAACGACAAGACGAGGCCAAGCAGAGUGUGGCCAUCUAAAUGCCGCAUCUAAUCUGAUAUAAAUACUAAUUAAUUGUUAUAUUUUUUUUUAAACAAAGCUGUUGCUCCUAUAAUAUUCAAUCAGCUAAUUAACCAACAACUAGAGCAAUCGACGAGCAGCAGAAGAGCGGGAGAUGUAGUUUAUCAAGUAAUGAAGGAGGUGGAGUGCGAAAUAAAAGAGUUUGUAAAUGUCUUUGAUUUUGUUGAAAACAAAAACUACACAAUACGAAAGAUAGGAAAGCCCAAAAUAAACGUGAAAUAUAAAUUA